AUGUUGUUCAAUAACAAAUCCCAUUUAUGGAUAUUAUUCUUAAUGGUUGAACGAACUAUAUCGUAUAAUCAACCGAAAUUCCAUUCGAAUGCAACAUGGAAUCCAAAUGGUACAACUGUUGCUAAUAUCACUACGAUUGGUUCAUAUCCUUCUGAUAUUUUCGUUAAUUCAAAAAAUCAAAUAUAUGUUUUUAAUCAAGAUGACCAUCAAAUUAUCACCUGGUCGGAUGGAAAUCUCACAUCCACAAGAAACAUUUCUGCUGAUCUAACGAAUUCAUCGAGUUUAUUUGUAACAACAGCAGAUGAGAUUUAUAUCGACACAUUUUAUUCAAUCGGCGGUGUUAGUAAAAUCAUAUUCAAUUUAACACAGCCUAUUCCAUGGAUGAAUUUUUGUCAACAAUGUUGGGAUCUAUUUGUUGAUUUAAGAAAUACACUUUAUUGUUUAAUGAGUGAACGUCAUCAAAUUAUUGCAAAAUCUCUAUCGAAUGAUUACAGUCAUUUGAGAAUCGUGGCUGGAACAGGAGCUGCUGGUUCAACAUUGACAACACUUCGAUAUCCUCGUGGAGUAUUUGUUCAUACUACUCUGGAUUUAUAUGUCGCAGAUUGUGGCAAUCAUCGAAUUCUAUUAUUUUAUUUCGAAAGAUUAACUGCUGAAGCAAUCGUUGGAAAUGGAUCGUUGAAUAUCACAAUAGCAUUAAGCUGUCCCACAAGUCUAAUCUUAGAUGCUGAUGCUAAUUUAUAUAUUGUCGAUUCUAAUAAUCAUCGUAUUGUUGUUCAAGGAUUAAACGGUUCGAAAUGUUUAAUUGGAUGCUCUGGUUCGUCGGGUUUUGCAUCAAAUCAAUUAAAUUCUCCAUGGAGUCUUAGUUUCGAUAGUUACGGAAAUCUCUUUGUUACAGAUCGAGGAAAUCAUCGAAUUCAAAAAUUUGAUCUCAUGUACAACUCAAGAAUCGUUACAAGUUCUUUGAUCACGCUUUAUAGUAGUUCCACAACAAGCUGUGGUUGUCCUUUUCGAUUAUUUAUGAAUACUAGCUCGUUUAAUCAAACCAACGCUACAUAUCAAUGGCAAUCGUCACCAGCGGGUCAAUAUAUCUGGUCGAAUAUUAACAUAUCUUAUUCAAUCUCAGUCUUAUAUCUAAGUAGUCAAUUAUAUUCAACUGAUUAUCGAUGUCAAAUUGUGAUUGUAUAUCCAAGUCCAAUGAAUUUUAUAUCAAAUACUGUGACAGUGUUGACCGAAGUGAAUGAUACAUAUUGUCCAACGAAAGUAGUCGAUUGUGCCUGCUGUGGAGAUGAUAUAAAUAAUUUCGUCUUGAUUGGUGAAUUAGGUACUCAAAUUCAUGAUUUAAACACAUCAUGUGCAACGAAUAGUUAUGACAAUCGAACUCAAGAAUCAGUUAGCUUGUUUGAAAAUAGGAAUUAUACAGGGCAAAUGUCUACAAAUUUUUUGACUGAUGAACAAUUCGCCAUAUGGAUUGAUUUCAACGAUGAUUUUCAAUUUGAAUCAUGGGAACAAGUAACCUAUCAUGUAUUGAAUGCGACAUUUUAUGCAAACUUCACCAUGAUCAUUCCACCUAGUAGUUCGGGAGCUACGAUAGGUGUCCAUCGAAUGCGAGCAACACUGGCCUUUGCGGCUAUGCCAAAUCCAUGUGGUGCAUCCAGUAUCUAUGGUGAAACACAUGAUUAUACAGUGAACAUUUUACAGCUUGCAGUGUUCGCCUCUCAAGAUUGGACAGACACGAAAAUGCAAACUAAUAUUCUAAUUUACGUAUUUUAG